CCUUUCAACCCUACCUAGUUUGCUCCUCCUCUCCAUUAGUUGAACCCCUAAGCCGACUACUCUUCCUGUAAAUUCAUCAAGAAAUCCAUCCCCAUGAGCGGAGGAAAUAAGGUUGAUGGCUCUGUUCCCAUCCUCCCCGAAGAGAUUAUCACCGAAAUUCUUACGAGACUACCUGUCAAAUCCCUACUCCGUUUCAAAUUAGUGUCAAAAGACUGGUAUUCUCUCAUCACAAACCCUGAGUUUAUCGCCGCCCACCUCCACAAAUAUUCCACCCAAAAAUCCUCUAUCUUAUUACGAGGAUUCCGUUGGCCGGAACAUUCCAGUACCCUAUCAUGGCUCCACCGCAAAGAUACCACAACUUUCCAUUCUCUACACAUACCACAAUCCCUGAUGUAUAAUCAUACCUUCAUGAGAAAUUAUUUCUUAAACCCGCAAAUAUCUCCUAACCUUUCUUUUAUUCUGAUAGGUUCUAGUGGUGGUUUGCUCUGCAUCAAGCUUUGUGACUACCAUGGAAUAGAAUAUGUUUUGUGGAACCCUGCUACCAGAAAGUUCAAAUACGUGAAACAUCCUCAGCAGGAUUUCCAACUUUUAAUGGAUGGGUUCGGGCAUAAUGGUAAGAUGAACGAUUACAUGUUGGUGAAAAUUGGACGGCUCUUUCACUCACCGAAUUUCGAUGCUGUUGAUGAUGAUCAACUGUAUGAGAAGGAAGAACGCGAUUUUGUUCUUCGAGCUCUGGUGUACUCUUGGAGAACAGAUUCUUGGAGACUAGUAUAUGAUUGUAGGAUCCUAGCUGAUGAUUUUUGUUCACGUGGUCAAGCAGUGUCUCUGAAGGGUGAGUUCUAUUGGCACCUGGAUGGUUUACGGGACAUUAUCCUUGCAUUUGAUACGGCUAAGUAUGUGUUUAGAUGGAUUAAUUUUCCCCCCUGGAACCAGUCGACUCUGGUAGAGGUGAGGCUGGUUUCAGGUGGGAUUAAGGACUCGCUUGCUUGCUGUGUGUUUCCCUACGAUGGCUCCACGUCCAUAACAAUGGAUAUUUGGGUCGUAGAUGAGAGUGGAUCAGGCGUUGGCAAUGAAGAGAGCUGGACAAAAUUCUUAAGCAUACCAUUUUUAGGAACUCUACAUCAAGUAUUUACGUGGGGAGAUAAGGUGAUCGUCAACGGAAAAAGGGAUGGCCACAUCUUGAUUUAUGAUCCGAUUAGUCAUGAGAUAAUUUAUGAUUUUCUUAAUCCCUAUUUCAGUUCCUAUCAUCUGGAUGGUUAUGUGGAAAGUCUAGUCUCAGUUCAUGGACCAAACAAUCUUGAAGCAGAGCAUGCUCCUGUUUGAAGUGAAGACAAGACAUAUCUAGAAUGAAAAAGCUCAGCUCUCAUUCGUUGGAAUGUUUACAAGAGCUCGAUCCGGAGAAAACUCUGUUUCUCUCUUAGUAAUAUCAUAAAUAAAAAAAGUUUCAUUUGAUUUUU